GCAUAGACGAUUGAGACGAGUUUCCCAUUUCUUCGCUCUUCGCUCUUCGCUGUCUCUCUCUGCAAUCUGCAUGGAGGCGGUGAGGCUUCGUCUGCUGUUUAACGAUCGUCAUCUGCUGGGAAACUCUCUGAAGUUGGAGGGACUGAAGCGAAGUUGGCUCCUUCUCAGACCCGAACUUGAGACCAUUUCCGACCUCGCGUCUCAUGUCGCUAAAACUUUUCAGCUUGAAGACGCUUGCCCUAAUGGCAUCGUCCUCUCUAUGGAUGGCUUUGUAUUACCGCCUUUUGAAUCAACACAUGUUUUGAAAGAUAAAGAUAUCAUCAGGGUGAAAAGGAAAGGGGUUACACUGACUGAUGUCGUUAGGGUAAGUGAUGAUGCAAAUUCCGUUGAGGAUUCUGAAAUAAUGGAGAAGCAACUUAUCCUUACUGGAGAAAAGCUCCAAGCCAUUGAGUUUGAAGGAGAGACUGGGGGUUACCAAAGUGAAAAUGAAGGAGACGAAUAUGAUGGUGCUGUGUACCCAUUGCCUGUGGAAAACUUAUCAGGUGGAAAAACAACAUCAAAGAAAAGAAAACCAUCAAAAGAACAUACCAAUCCAAAUGAUCACAGGAGGAAGAAAGCUAAAUCGAUUAGCAAUGAAAAAUGUCCACUGGUUCCGGAAGCUGUUGAAAAUGAUGUGUGUAUGGAGCAGAAUGGAAGCUUGCAUCCCGAGGGAGUUCUCACCAAGAAAAGAAUUCACAAGAAAGACAAGUUAUCAAAUGUAAAUGCAAAAUCAAGUAGAGAAUGUACAUCUAAAGUAGCUGAACAAGUUCAUAAAACCGAUGAAUCUACAUCCAAGGAAGACAGAUGUGGUGAACCCCAAGAAAGUGACACAGAACAUUUUGAUAUAUCUAAUGCUGCUAACGGGACCAAAAAGUUUCCUAGCAGAAGUGCUCGACGUAAGAAGGCCAAAAGGCAGUGGUUGCGAGAAGUUAAAUCUCAAGAGAGAGAGGAGCAUAGGGAGACUGGACAGAUAACGCAGAGCCAUACUCCUGGAGAAGUUAAUCAAGAAAAAUUGACUGAACACCAACAACCCGAUCAAAAUUCUGAUGGAGAGGACGAAAUCGUUCCCAUAGUGGUUAGGCCUGGGCAUAUACGCUUUGAGCCACUAGGCGAAGGUCAGAUUGUCCAGCUGAAUAAAGAUGAACAUAUUUGGGAUUCUUGGGAGGACCAGCCAAAUUGUUGGGUCCUUGAAUGGUUGGAGGAUACAUUCUCAGGUCAUCUCCAGGAAACUUUUAAGUGGAAUGGUACAACCAGCAAGAAGAAAGGUCAAAAAUGGGGUAAAGAGAGAACAUUAUCGUCUAGGAAGAAGGAUAAUAAAGGUUUCAAUCAAGAUCAUACUGAAAAGUUGACUACAGAAGAAGGGGAGCAAACUUUAUCAUGUAGGAAAAAGGAUGAUAAGGGUUUCGAUCAAGAUUCUACUGAAAAGUUGACUAUGGAAGAAGUGGAGCUUGUGCAUGAUUCCAUAGACUUUGACUGCCUUGCUCCAUACUCCGGCCCCCCUAAGGAAGGCGAUGUCAUUGCGUAUCGUUUGGUUGAGUUGUCUUCAUCGUGGUGCCCUGAACUUUCUUCUUUCCGAGUUGGGAAAGUAUCAUGCUAUGACUCUGGGUCCAAUAAGGUAAUGCUCGUACCUGUUCCAGGGCAUCCAAUUAUUGAGAGGGUAGAUGAGGAUGCUUCUGAAAUGCAACCAGAUUCCUCCCUUUACAGAGAAGAUGGUUCUUUGGAGAUUGAUUUUGCAUCGCUCGUUGAUACCCGUAUCAUCCACCAUGACAACUUGAAUCCUGCAGCAGUAGUCAGUGCUGGAAGUGAUGUUCAUGUGAGUGAUCAUGAGGCCAUACGAGGUGUGGCUCCCAACAGUAACACUGAUGAUAUACAUACUCCUGCUACAGGAAAUGGUGGGCAAGUAAAUCUCUGGGAUGAACUCAGCCAGGCCUUAUGUCAAAAGAAGGCUCAGCUACUGCAGAACGGUGGGACUAAGAAUGAGAGUUCAGGCAGGAGUGCAUGGUCCUUUAAGGCUUUGAGAAGUAGUGCAAUGGGACCUACCAUGGCUUUCUUAAGAGCUCAAAAUGAAAUGUGAGGGCUACUUCUACCAGAGAGUUCAUCCUUAAAACAUAUUUCGGGCUAUGGAAGGAUACAGCUGGUCUGUCAGGACCAUUUUUCAGUUGGUUUUGUAGGCUUUUGUCCCACUAUUCGGGUGUGGAUGGAAACAUCUUGAAUUUGAAUCUCCUCUGGUUAAGAGUAAAUUCUGGGUAGCCAUGAAUUUCCAAUGUUGC